AUGUUUCCACCACCUUCCACGGACGCGGACUCGUCAAUCCGUUCCACCGACUCGGAUGCUGCACUCGCUAAGCUAUCUGCAGUACAAAAGCAAUAUCUUCGUGAUCCAUACAUCCAAUACUUCGUUCCUCGUUCUCAUCUUCACGCCGCUCGACCACCUUUGAUCAACAUCGGGACAUAUGUUCGCACUGCUGCCAUCGAUGACCUUGUCAAUCAGUGGCUCUCUCUGUCCCAUGAUGAAGGGAAGCAAUGUCAGAUAGUGAGCCUUGGGGCGGGCAGCGAUACGCGAUAUUGGCGAAUUGCGGCAGGCCCUCAGAAAGAUGCCCUAUCGACUUAUAUAGAGAUUGACUUUCCUGAAAUAACAAGCAAGAAAGCGAUGGCAAUUAGGAAGAAUAAACAGUUGGGCGCUGUCUUCGGCAACCCAGCCAAUGUCAAAGUCUCUGGCGGAGGAGCUGCUCUCCAUGCUUCCAAGUAUCACCUUUUACCUGCCGACCUUAGACUCUCCCCGCAAGAGACUCUGGGUCCUCUUCUAGCUCAGGUCUCGGAACCUCUUCUCUCGUCUUCACUCCCCACACUCUUACUUUUUGAAUGUGUUCUCGUGUACAUGUCACCAACUUCUUCCUCGUCCCUUCUCAAGUGGUUCUUGCAUUAUUUCUCCCAGUCUGGCGACAACGGUCUUCUUGGAACUAUCGUAUACGAAAUGUUUGGUCUUGAAGACUCUUUUGGACGCGUUAUGGUUGACAAUCUCAAGGCACGCAAUAUCUCUCUUCCCGGGGCAGAACCGUAUCCCACUGUUGAAUCGCUUCCUACGCGUUUUACCAGCAUCGGAUAUACGGCAGCCCGGGCGCUUACACUUCGGGAUAUACGUCUUCAAUAUAUUGACCGAGCAGAGUUAAAUAGGAUAUCAACCCUCGAAUUCCUAGAUGAGGUGGAAGAAUUAGAUCUGGUCUUGAAUCAUUAUGCAAUUACGUGGGGACUCUGGCAUCCUAAGACCCAAACAAAAGCAUUGUGGGGUAUGUGGGGUCUGAAGACAUAG